UCUGUCUGACAGAUCCCGGCCAUGUUCGCGGUUUGGGUGGUGCUGUGUCAGCUGCAUGUGACGGUGCUCGCCUUUCCUCACUGCCCUGGGAGAUUAAAUCACUUGAAGCAGCCGGAAUGGAGAGACGUGUUCACAUCUGCAAGGGAGGCCAAUUUAUUCAUUGGACGACAUCUUCUGAACAACAGAUUUGAUUUUGAAGCAUUCACAGCUGACAACCUGGAAAGGGAAUGCUAUGAAGAAGUCUGCAAUUACGAAGAAGCAAGAGAAAUUUUUGAAGACCCUGAUAAAACGAUGGAUUUUUGGAAAGACUAUUCAACUAAAGGACCUAAAAUAAAAAUAGGUGAUGAGGCACUACAGAAGAUCAAUGUCACAGGACUGCUCAUCAGCCUGGUUGCUGCUGGAGUACUGUUGGUUAUAAUUGUUCUGAUUAUCUUCUACUGCUGCAAGAGCAGAUGCAAAUCAAGGCAACCACCAGGGUACUUGGGUUACGUGAGGAGCAGGAGACGGAAUUCAGCCAACAUCUUCAGGAGGCACGAGGAGUUCUCCUUAAACCCCGUUCCCGUCGGCGCUGACGAGUCAGGGCUGCCCACCUACGAGCAGGCAGUGACCUCUGAUGCUGUGCCCCCACCCCCGUACCCUGGGCCCCCCAGGCAUCCCCGGUUCUUCCAAAAGUCCAUGUCCCUCCCCGGCCCCUAG